AUGUUGGGGUUGGAUGGGUUACUGAGACCAGUCUCUUCCUCCCCGGCCGGCGGCCGGUCCCGCACAGACAUGGACGAGCAUUUCCAGCCCGUGAGUGCCUGCCUUGAUGGGAUCGACUAUGAUGACUUCAACUUUGGCUCCCACAUGAUGGAGCAGAAGGAGCCCCUUAUGGAGACUGUGGAAGGUCCCUACCUUGUCAUCAUCGAGCAGCCAAAGCAGCGGGGGUUCCGUUUUCGGUACGGCUGUGAGGGCCCUUCACAUGGGGGGCUGCCAGGAGCAUCCAGUGAGAAGGGGCGCAAGACCUAUCCCACCGUCAAGAUCUGCAACUACACAGGGUUGGCCCGGAUUGAGGUGGACCUGGUGACACACAGCGACCCUCCCCGCGUGCAUGCUCACAGCCUGGUGGGCAAGCAGUGCAAUGAGGCUGGCAACUGCAUUGUAGUUGUGGGACCUAAAGACAUGACGGCUCAAUUCAGCAACCUGGGUGUACUCCAUGUCACCAAGAAGAAUAUGAUGGAGAUCAUGAAGGAAAAGCUGAAGCAGCAGAAGAUGCGCACCAGAAGCCAUCUGCUGACAGAAGCGGAGCUGCGUGAGAUUGAGCUGGAGGCAAAGGAGCUGAAGAAGGUGAUGGAUCUGAGCAUCGUUCGGUUGCGCUUCACUGCCUACCUCCGUGACAGCAGUGGGAACUUCACACUAGCCCUCCAGCCUGUUAUCUCUGACCCCAUCCAUGACAGCAAGUCUCCAGGAGCUUCCAAUCUGAAGAUCUCAAGGAUGGAUAAGACAGCAGGCUCUGUGCGGGGAGGGGAUGAGGUCUACUUGCUGUGUGAUAAAGUUCAGAAAGAUGACAUCGAGGUGCGUUUCUAUGAGGAUGACGAGAACGGCUGGCAAGCCUUUGGGGACUUCUCCCCCACUGACGUACACAAGCAGUAUGCCAUCGUCUUCCGCACGCCCCCCUACCAUAAGCCCAAGAUUGACCGUCCAGUCACUGUCUUCCUGCAGCUGAAGCGGAAGCGGGGUGGUGAUGUGAGUGACUCCAAACAGUUCACCUACUACCCCGUGGUGGAAGAUAAGGAAGAGGUAGAGAGGAAGCGCAAGAAGGUCCUGCCUCAGUUUCCCCAGCACUUUGGUGGUGGCUCACACAUGGGGGGUGCUGGUGGGGGUGCUGGGGGCUUUGGCUCUGGAGGAGGUGGGAACCUUAGCUUCCCCUAUUCCCCUGGGCUGGCCUACAACAGCAUCUACUCGCCUGGCCCCCACCCAGUGACAGGCUACCAGGGGGGUGUACAGAUGAAGAGCCCUGAGGUGGAGGCACCUGGGAGCGACAGGCAGGCACCUGCAGAGGGCACAGGGAGCACAUACUGCAAGGAGCUGCAGCAGCAUGCCCAGCAAUGCCAGUUGUGGAUGCUAGCACUGGCCCGUCGCAAUGCCCAUGCCCUGCUUGACUACUCAGUCACUGCUGAUCCCCGCAUGCUGCUGGCAGUCCAGAGGCAUCUGGCUGCAUCGCAGGAUGAGAACGGAGACACGCCUUUGCACCUCGCUAUUAUCCACGAGCAGACAGCUGUGAUCAAGCAGCUGAUUGAGGUCAUUGUUAGCAUCCCCAGCCAGCAGAUCAUCAACAUCUCCAACAACCUGCAGCAGACACCACUGCAUCUAGCAGUCAUCACCAAGCAGCCCCAGGUGGUCCAAGUCCUGCUGCAAGCCCGUGCUGACCCCACUUUGCUGGACCGCUAUGGCAAUUCGCUGCUGCACCUGGCACUCCAGGCUGGCAAUGAAGAGAUGCUGAGGACACUGCUGGCCCACCUGGGCUCAGCUGCCCCUUACUUGCUCCGCCUCCCCAAUUUCCAUGGUCUCCUGCCUGUGCACUUGGCUGUGAAGGCAAAGAGUUUGUCUUGCCUGGACCUGCUGGUCAGGAAAGGAGCAAAUGUGAACGCAGUGGAGAGGCAGGGUGGGAGGACCCCACUGCACCUGGCUGUGGAAAUGGAGAAUCUGAACAUGGCCACUCAUCUGGUGAAAAAGCUGGGAGCAGAUGUCAACAGCAGAACUUUUGCAGGCAACACCCCCCUGCACCUGGCUGCCAGCCUGGGCUCCCCCACCCUCACCAAACUUCUCCUCAAAGCAGGGGCAGAUGUGCUGUGUGAGAAUGACGAGCCUGUGAGCCCAUCCUCAUCAGAGGCCAGCAGUGACACAGAUGCUGACCCCGAGGAGCAGGAGCUGGCCAUGCAGCUGGGGGAGCUGGCCACAGCUGUGGAGCACAGCAUCAACCCCAAGCCCCUUACACAUGGGCAGUUGCAAGCAGGGCACAGACAGCACCGCUGCCACACGCCCCUGGACCUGACUCGUAGCCAGAAGGUGCGGGAGAUCCUGUUGCAGGCCUCCCAGCAGGGCCCUGAGGUGGAGCUGCCUGCUGCCCCCCAGCCAGGGAAGGUCCUGACACUGGACAGUGAAGUGCUGCAAGGACUGGAGCAGCUGCUGAACCAGGACUGCAGUGGGUCAGACUGGAUCGAGCUGGCCAAGCGCCUGGGGCUCUGUAGCCUGGUGGAGACCUACAAGGACACUCCCUCACCCAGUGGCAGCCUCCUGCGUAGUUACGAGCUAGCAGGGGGCACCAUGGCAGGGCUGCUGGAGGCGCUGGACUCCAUGGGGCUCCGCAAGGCCGUGAGCAUGCUCCACAAAACAGAGGCACUUGAGAAGCUGCAAAGCACAGAGCUGAAGGAAGACAGUGCCUAUGGCAGUGAGUCAGUGGAGGAGGAGCAGGCACCUGUGCUGGCCUUGAAGGCAGGACCAGAAGGCGAGCUGCCCCACAGCCAGCAGCCACAGGUGCACUGA